UGUUUCUGUUUCAGACACAACACCAAAAAAAAUGAGAAAAAUCCAAUGACCAAGGAAAACGAACUGUUUGUUUUUGUCUUGUUGAGGUUUCUGCUCCUGUUUCCAUGGCUUUGAUCAUACAUUGUUAGGUUUGGAGAGAGGAGAAGAAACAAGCCUCCAAGUUUUCUCUCCUGGUUUCUUGAGCCAUGAACGAGAAAACGAGGACCCUGUGUUCCCUCCUCUGUUUCUUCUCUGUUAUUCUAGUUUCUAUCUCUCAAUCUAACGGCCAAGAUCUCGCGUUGGCAUGCGGGGCAUCAGAACCAUCUUCUGAUCCAGACAAGAAGAAAUGGGAACCCGACACCAAGUUCUUGAAAACACCAAACACGGAUCAUGCAACAGCUACGUAUCAAGAUCCAUCUCUUCUCUCAACAAUUCCUUAUAUGACAGCAAGAAUCUUCACAGCUCCCGCGACUUAUGAGAUCCCGGUUAAAGGAGACAAAAGACAUUUGCUCCGGUUGCAUUUCUACCCAUCAGAAUACACAGGACUCAACAUUGAUGACUCUUACUUCUCUGUAGCAGCUAAUGAUAUCACCCUUCUAAGCAACUUUAGUGCAGCUAUCACAUGUCAAGCCUUAACACAAGCUUACCUCGUUAGAGAAUAUUCUCUUGCACCAACCCUAAAAGAUGCCUUGACCAUCACGUUUACUCCUUCAGAUAAACAUCCUAAAGCGUUUGCUUUCAUAAACGGUAUUGAAGUCGUUGAGAUGCCGGAGCUGUUUGAUACAGCUGUUCUCGUUGGGUUCACAGACCAAACAGCAGAUGCUAAGUCCGCGAAUCUUCAGACCAUGUUUAGGCUUAACGUUGGCGGUCAGGACAUUCCCGGAAGCCAAGACUCUGGCGGGUUAACUAGAACUUGGUACAACGAUGCGCCUUACAUAUUCAGCGCAGGUCUUGGUGUUACCCUUCAAGCAAGCAACAACUUCAGGAUUGAUUACCAGAAAAUGCCGGUCUCGACCGCACCACCUGAUGUCUACAAAACAGCUAGAUCACAAGGACCAAACGGAGACCUCAACGUUAAUUCUAAUCUCACAUGGAUGUUUCAAGUUGAUACUAACUUCACCUACAUCAUGAGACUCCACUUCUGUGAGUUCCAGCAAUCUAAAGUUAAUCAAAAAGCUUUCAACAUAUACAUCAACAACAGAACCGCACAAGGGGACACCAACGCUGCGGAUAUAAUCGCGUGGUCAGGAGGGAAAGGUGUCCCAACCUACAAGGACUACGCGAUGUACGUUGAUGCUAGCAACGGAGGAGCAGGAGGCGAAGAUGUUUCACUUCAGAUGACUCCUUCUAAAUUUGCUCAACCAGAGUAUCUCGACUCACAGCUCAACGGGUUAGAGAUUUUCAAGAUGGACACGAUGAAAAACCUAGCGGGUCCAAACCCUAAACCAUCUCCUAUGCAAGCUAACCAAGAUGGUAAAAGAGAGUUUCGAAGAGACAAAAGAAUCACAGCUUUUAUCAUCGGUUCAGCUGGUGGAGUAGCAGCGAUUUUACUAUGUGCGUUGUGUUUCACAAUGUAUCAAAGGAAACGUAAGUUCCAAGGAAGCGACUCUUACACGUCGAGUUGGCUUCCUAUAUACGGAAACUCACACACGUCCGCAACAAAAUCUACUAUAUCCGGUAAGAGCAACACGGGAAGCCACUUAUCUAACCUUGCAGCUGGUCUAUGUCGAAGAUUCACGUUGUCUGAGAUCAAACACGGAACUCAAAACUUCGAUGAGUCUAACGUGAUAGGAGUUGGAGGGUUUGGUAAAGUUUACAAAGGAGUUAUAGACGGAACCACAAAAGUGGCCAUCAAGAAAUCAAACCCUAACUCAGAACAAGGUCUCAACGAGUUCGAGACAGAGAUAGAACUUCUCUCGAGGUUAAGACACAAACACUUGGUCUCCUUGAUAGGUUACUGCGACGAUGGAGGAGAGAUGUGUUUGAUAUACGAUUACAUGUCACUCGGAACACUUAGGGAGCAUCUUUACAACACGAAGAGACCUCAGUUAACUUGGAAACGACGUCUAGAGCUCGCUAUUGGAUCUGCAAGAGGGUUGCAUUACCUUCACACAGGUGCAAAGUAUACGAUCAUACACCGUGACGUGAAGACAACGAACAUCUUACUCGAUGAGAAUUGGGUUGCGAAGGUCUCCGACUUUGGUUUAUCCAAAACCGGACCGAACAUGAACCAAGGUCAUGUCACGACCGUAGUCAAAGGAAGCUUCGGUUACUUAGAUCCAGAGUACUUUAGGAGACAGCAGUUAACCGAGAAGUCAGACGUGUACUCUUUUGGAGUUGUUUUGUUUGAGAUCUUAUGUGCUAGACCGGCUUUAAACCCUAGCUUGCCUAAGGAGCAAGUGAGUCUUGGUGACUGGGCGACGAACUGUAAAAAGAAAGGGACGUUAGAGGAUAUCAUUGAUCCUAAUCUGAAAGGGAAGAUUAAUCCUGAAUGUUUGAAGAAGUUUGCGGACACGGCGGAGAAGUGUCUUUCGGAUAGUGGUUUAGAUCGGCCGACGAUGGGAGAUGUUUUGUGGAAUCUUGAGUUUGCGCUUCAGUUACAAGAAACUGCUGAUGGGUCGCGACAACCAACGCCUAGCCGUGGAGGUGAGUCCGAGGAUUUAGCUGGAGAAGGUGGUGGUAUGGCGGUUAACGUCGGCGGCGCCGGAGAACAUGACGUGAGUGACUUGUCUUCCGAGGAAAGCAGUGGGAUAUUUUCUCAAAUUGUAAACCCUAAAGGGCGAUGAGGUAAUUUGAAAACCGAACUAAAAAAGACAUCCAUUAUUUUUGUUUUGUUUAUGGAAAUUAAGAGGAAAAUGUGGAUCAAUCGGUUCUUUUUAUUAUUUUCUUUAUGUAAUAUGUUAAGCGAACAUAACCUAGAUCUUCUUUCUUUUUAAUUUACCCGUGCUUUAUGAGUUAAACCCAAGUCAAAACACUUGUAAAACUAUAUCUAUUGCUGUUGUUACAUGUUAGCAAGAUAUUAGCCCUGUUCUUUUUGCAAACGCUGCAACCAGCACCAGCACUAGCGUUCAAAAAUUACACAUAUUUCCAUGGUAAAUACACUGCUGGCUAAUAAAUAACGUUUACUCACUGGGUAAGAGCGGUUUGUUUCUAGUUCCUGAAACAUGUAACAUUGCAGCCUCUACAAUAGCGGAUAGUGUCACAAAGGACCAACGUCUGCAAUCAUAUGUUGCUUUUGGUGGGCCUCAUUGGCUGUCUGCUGUUCUGUUGCAGGAGGCAACUUAAGGUUACUCUGUUGCUGAUUAAUAUUAGCAGGAUAAGGCUCGGUUCUGAGUUUGGAAACCUGCUCUAUGAUUUCUUAUUUUCCCAACAGUUUGGGUUUACUUUUUGGGGCCUACUGGCUUCCACUUUGUUUUUGGUUUUUUAUUUUGCUUAUUAUCACAUCCCUUUGGAUGCAACAUUUCUGAAUCAUCAAUGACAAAAAAAAAUACAGUGCUGGCGGGACAAAACCGAUUUGUUUUCCCAGUCGCUGCGGCAAAAAUAAAUAAUAAAUCUGACUCUGAAAAAGGUAGCUGCAUUAGCGACUUCCGCUAAUUGUGUCUCCGUCAACUUGUUGGCGUCAGAUUUAGUUUUCAAGAUCCGUUCAGUUUGCCUUUGUCAUAGUGAUUUUUGUUGAUGCUACAGCUGGCUGCAGCGACCAUUAAAAGAA